AUGGCAACGUUGUGUCAGUGUUUUAACAUAGAUGUACAACAUCCGAAGAUUUUCACCGGUCCAGAGGACGCUCUGUUCGGCUUCUCUGUGUUGCAACAUGAAGCAGACGGAGAAAAAUCGUUGCUGGUCGGAGCUCCGUGGGACGGGUCGCCCAACAACAGGAAGGGAGAUGUGUACAAAUGUGUUGUGGGGGAGGAGAAAAAUUCAGCCUGCAGUAAAGUGAAUUUAGGUGAAACUGCUCUUCAAAAUGUUUCUAAAAAUCUGAGGAAUUCUCACCUGGGAAUGACCCUCACACCAGACUCACCUGAUGGAUUCCUGGCGUGUGCUCCUCUGUGGUCACAGGAGUGUGGGACGUCCAUGUUCAGCACUGGCAUCUGUGCUUCUGUCAGUGACAACCUAGAACCAAGAGAGACCAUCGCUCCAACUGCGCAAAAGUGCCGGACAUUUAUGGACAUCGUUAUCGUCGUGGACGGUUCAAACAGCAUCUACCCCUGGUCCGAAGUCCAGAACUUCCUCAGCAACAUCCUCAGCAAGUUCCACAUCAGCUUGGACCAGAUGCAGGUUGGUAUCAUACAGUAUGCAGAGAUAGCAGUUCACGAGUGGUCUUUAAAGGACUACCAGACCACACAGGAGGUGGUGGAGGCCGCCAAGAACAUCAGCCGACAGGAGGGACGAGAGACGAGGACUGCAGACGCCAUUCUAGUGGCCUGCACCGAGGCAUUUAGCGCUGAGCGUGGAGCGAGGGAGGGCGCCACCAAGGUGAUGAUCGUGGUGACAGACGGGGAGUCGCACGACGUGGACGAGCUGCCGGCCGCUCUGGAUGAGUGCGACAGCAGAAACAUCACCAGAUACGCCAUCGCUGUUCUGGGAUAUUACAUCCGGAAACAGCAGGACCCAGAGACUUUCAUCAGCGAGAUCAAGUACAUCGCCAGCGAUCCAGACGAGAAGUAUUUUUUCAACGUGACGGACGAACCCGCGCUGAACGACAUCGUGGAUGCUCUCGGAGAUCGGAUCUUCACUCUGGAAGGUACGCUGGGCAACCAGAGCACGUUCCACAUGGAGAUGUCUCAAGUCGGCUUCUCCACCCACACUCUGGAUGACGGCAUUCUGUUUGGGAUUGUGGGCGCUUACGACUGGGACGGCGGAGUGUUGAAGACCGGGAGCAACGGGCAAAUCAUCCCACCCAGAGAGGCCUUCGAGAGCGAGUUUCCUCUGGAGCUCAAAAACCACGCGGCUUAUUUAGGUCCCAAAGUUUCACCACUAAACAUACAAAGAAAAUGUGAAUUUGUGAUUUAUGUUCAUGCAGUAAAAUCCCAGACAUUUGUGUUAUUACGUGAGGGGGUGUUCAUACCAAAUGGCACACUUCAGUCCGAGCAAACAUCCCAGAACGCCAGGUUCGGUUAUGUGCUGGCAGCAGCUCCUGACCUGAACCAUGAUGGCUUCAAUGAUCUGGUGGUGGGAGCUCCGCUGGAGGAUGAACACAAGGGGGCCAUCUAUGUCUACCAUGGACACAAGACUUCCAUCAUCCACAAGUCGAAACAGCGUAUAGCGGGGUCAUCGCUCUCCCCCUCCCUUCAGUAUUUUGGUCGCAGCGUGAGCACACGUUUGGACUUAGAUGGAGAUGGGCUGAUAGAUUUGGCGGUGGGAGCUCAGGGAAGGGCUGUGCUGCUCAGCUCUCGAAGCAUCGUCCAGAUCAAUGUGAGUUUGUCCUUCCAGCCGCACUCCAUCAACGUCAUCCAGAAGACGUGUCAGAGGGGGGGCAGGGAAUCGGCUUGCCUGAACGCCACCGCCUGCUUCAAAGCCGUGUCCCGCUCCCCCGAAACACACAGCAGCACCUUCGACCUGUGGGUGUCUGCCAUGUUGGAUGACAGGAAGCUAUCAGCGCGGGCUUUAUUUGACGACAGCUCCCACAGACAAAUCCAGCUUUCUGUCCGAGUCCAAACAGGAGUGGCUCUCUGUUACAGACUGCCCUUCCAUGUCUACGACACAGCAGAUUACAUCCGUCCAAUCAGCUUCUCACUUCAGUUUAAGAUCAACAACACAGAGACUGGCCCAGUGCUGGAUGAAGGUUGGCCGACUACUGUCAAGAAAUCUAUCCCAUUCUUUAAAGACUGCGGUGAGGAUGACGUCUGCACGACAGACCUGGUCCUGCAGGCACACAUGGACAUCUCAGGGACGAGGCAGAAACCGUAUGUGAUUCAUAGUCCUCGUAGGCGUCUGGCGGUGGAAGUACAGCUCCAGAACAUAAAGGAGAACGCCUACAACACCAGCCUGAAGCUGCAUUAUUCACGCAACCUCCACUUCUCCAGCCUUAGCAUCAGAGAGGAUCCCAACUUUAAGAUGGAGUGCACCGCUCUCGGCUCGAACAGCCACUCGUGUAACGUCAGCUACCCGGUGUUUCGCUCUCGUUCAAAGGUGAAUUUCAUGCUGGAGUUUGAGUUCAGCUGCACAUCUUUACAAAGUCGAGUGCAAAUGAAGCUCAUUGCUACCAGUGACAGUAUGGAGAGAGAGGACACUUUGGAGAACAACAGUGUUCAGCUGCAGACUUUUGUUCAGUAUCAGCCUGACCUGUUUGUUAGCAGUAUCUCUAACCUGAACCGCUACGAGGUCCAUCCCACGCGGACGGCGUCAGAAGCAAUCGGACCGGAGUUUUACACACACUUCAGGCUGCAGAACCUGGGCUGUUACACGCUGAGUAACCUGGAGCUGCACAUGUUCCUGCCAUCCGUGGCAGCAGGAGACGCCGUCUUCAUGACCGUCACCGAUGUUAACUCGUUCAACGCCACAGGAGUAAACUGCAGCGUGACGAGCGACGUGGCCCAGCUGAAGGCCCGACAGAGAGACGUCCGCCCACUCCAUCCUGAAGACAUGCUGCACAACGAAAUACUGAACUGCAGCAGGUCAUGGUGCACGGAGGUUGUGUGUGAAGUACAACAACUCGGGCAUGAGGCCAUCAUCCGAGUCACCCGCAGAGUUCAUGAUGAUUUUUUCAGAAAAGCCAAAUACAAGUCGGUGAGGAUAGUGAGCGCCUUUGACCUCACUGCUCGGGAGACUAGCCUCAUCACUCUGGGUGCAGGAAUACUCCAAGGGGAGACCGUACUGGAGGUGCUGAAGGGCCGAGCCAUUCCCAUCUCGCUCUGGAUUUUAAUUGGCAGCAUCAUAGGCGGUCUGCUGCUGCUCGCUCUCAUUAUUUUCAUCCUCUGGAAGCUUGGAUUCUUCACACGUAAACACAGAGAGGAUGAAAACCACGAGGACUGAGCCGAAGUUUAACGGAGCGGUUCGUUACGGUGACGACGGCAGGACGAGGCGGGGGUUCUGCCUCCGAACAGGCAGAAAGACG